UGUAGUGCAUUAUUUAACAGGAAAAGACUCCACCGAGACACUAGUGAAUAAAAAUAACCGGCGGAAGUACGUAGUUUUCUCGUUUUCUUUGCCCUUGCAGCGUUUAGUUGCGAAGAAUCCACUCAAGAUGUACAGGCAAUUUCUGGCCUUACAACAUGCCUCCCGGCGAAUGAUCUGCAGUAGCGCCCGGAGGCAAGUAGAGAACAAGGUCCCUGAGAAACAGAAGUUGUUUCAGGAGGACAACGGGAUGCCAAUUCACUUGAAAGGUGGUACAAGAGAUGCACUCUUGUACAGAUUUACAAUGGUCCUAACUGUUUUGGGAGCCGGAUACGUUGUGUAUGAAUUGUGCGAUGUAGCAUUUCCCAAAAAGAAAAACUGAACCCUAUCCUGCUUUUAUUCAUGUCAAAUUGCCCGUUUUAGUUGUAAAGUAUAUAUGUAAAUUUUCAGGGAGUUAAUUCAUCUUGCUAUAAUGACAAGUGGUUGAUGUGAAUGGGAUCAAUGUUUAUUCACUGUACUAUAAUAUUACUGUGUACCUGUGGAUAAUAAAAACAUAUGUAUAUGCAUCAUCA